AUGCUAAAAAUUUUAAUCCCAACACUGAUGCUAUUUCCCACAAUCUGGCUCGCCCCAACAAAAUGGCUAUGAACCUGCACUACGGCCCAAAGCCUCUUCAUUGCAACUAUCAGUCUAACCUGACUAAAAUGAGACUCAGAGAUCGGCUGAGGCACGACAAACUCCUACCUAGCAACAGAUCCCCUCUCCACGCCCCUCCUUGUACUCACCUGCUGGCUUCUCCCACUCAUAAUCCUGGCGAGCCAGAAUCACCUGGCCCCCGAACCUAUUAACCGCCAACGAAUCUACAUCUCUCUCCUCACAUCUCUCCAAGCAUUCUUGAUUAUGGCCUUCGGAGCAACAGAAAUUAUCUUAUUCUACAUCAUGUUUGAAGCCACCCUAGUACCAACCCUCAUAAUCAUCACCCGAUGAGGAAACCAAACUGAACGCCUCAGUGCUGGCACAUACUUCCUAUUUUAUACCCUAGCCGGAUCCCUCCCCCUUUUGGUGGCCCUCCUCCUUCUCCAGAACGACACAGGAACCCUAUCAAUGCUUACCUUACAAUUCUCUAACCCCCUCCCCCUAAGCUCCUGGGGGGAUAAGAUCUGAUGAGCAGGAUGUCUAAUCGCCUUCCUAGCUAAGAUACCCCUUUACGGAAUCCACCUAUGACUUCCAAAAGCGCACGUAGAAGCCCCAAUUGCAGGUUCCAUGGUUCUGGCAGCCAUUCUCUUAAAACUAGGAGGUUACGGAAUAAUACGAAUCAUUAUUAUCCUUGAUCCCCUCACUAAAGAAAUAGCAUACCCAUUUAUCGUUCUGGCUCUGUGAGGCAUUGUCAUGACUGGUUCCAUCUGUUUACGGCAAACAGACCUGAAGUCCCUAAUCGCCUACUCCUCAGUAAGCCACAUGGGCCUAGUCGCAGGAGGAAUCCUCGUCCAAACCCCAUGAGGCUUCACAGGAGCCCUGAUCCUAAUAAUCGCUCAUGGACUCACCUCAUCUGCGCUAUUCUGCCUCGCCAAUACCAGUUACGAACGAACCCACAGCCGAACCAUAGCACUCACCCGAGGACUACAAGUAAUUUUUCCACUGACAGCAACAUGAUGGUUCGCCGCAAAUCUAGCUAACCUCGCACUACCACCCCUCCCAAACCUAAUAGGAGAAUUAAUAAUCAUCACGGCCCUUUUUAACUGAUCACCCUGAACCCUAAUCCUGACCGGAGCGGGCACCUUAAUCACCGCUGGCUAUUCCCUCUACCUCUUCCUAAUAACUCAACGGGGCCCGGUACCAACCCAUAUCACAGGCCUCCCUCCCUUUCACACUCGAGAGCACCUACUAAUAGCCCUCCACCUAGUCCCCAUUGUCCUUUUAAUCACUAAGCCCGAACUUAUAUGAGGCUGAUGCUACU